AUGGCCCUCCUCCAACGAGCGCGCGCCCUCACGACCGAACACGAUGCCCUCGCCCGCUCCCUCGAAUCCGACUUUGACUCCAAAACGGCCCGCCGGAUGGGCGAGCUCUCGAGCGUCGCUACGGCCCUCCGCGAAUGGGAACGCGCGACGAGCUCCAUCGCGGAGCUCAACGGCCUCUUGGGCUCCAAGGACAAGGAACUCCGGGACAUGGCCGCCGAGGAGCUUGAGUCGACAAACGGCCAGCUCUCGGCCCUCUCGCGCAAGCUCUCGGCCUCGCUGACGCCCAAGGACCCCUACGCCCACAUGCCCUGCCUGCUCGAGAUCCGUCCGGGUCCCGGUGGUCUCGAGGGCCGCUUCUUCGCCGACACGCUGUUCCGCAUGUACAAGCAGUACCUCUCGCGCAGGGGCUACCGCUCGCAAGUGAUCAAGUACGACACGGUCGAGGCCGCCGGCGACCUGUCCACGGCGGCGGGCGAGAGCGCGCUGCAGGAGGCCGUCAUCGAGAUCCAGGACCCGGGCGCCUACGACCUGUUCCGCGGCGAGGCCGGCAUGCACCGCGUGCAGCGAAUCCCGGCGACGGAGAAGAACGGCCGCGUGCACACGAGCGCCGUGGCCGUGUGGGUGCUGCCGUCCUUCCAGGAGAGCGGCGACGGGGCCAAGGACUUCAACAACCCGGACAGCGACUUCUACAUCGACCCGUCCGAGGUCAAGAUCGAGACGAUGCGCGCGCGCGGCGCCGGCGGGCAGCAUGUCAACAAGACGGAGUCGGCGAUCCGCAUGACGCACGCGCCGACGGGCACCGUCGUCAGCAUGCAGGACUCGCGGUCGCAGUCGCGCAACCGCGAGGACGCGUGGAAGCUGAUGCGGUCGCGCGUGGCGCUGAUCCGGCGCGAGGCCCGCGAGGAGGCGGCGGCGCAGCUGCGCGACAACGUGCUCUCGCGCCACCGCAUCUCGCGCAGCGACAAGAUCCGCACGUACAACUACAACCAGGACCGCGUCACGGACCACCGCGCCGGCGUCGACGUGUACAACCUCGUCGACGUCAUCGACGGCGGCGAGUCGCUCGACAAGAUCGUCGACGCCGUCAAGGACUGGCUCGUGUCCGGGGACAUCGCGGCCAUGAUGGCGGAGCAGGAGGCCGCUGCCGCUGCCGCGGCGGCGUCGGACGUGAAGAAGGCGGAAAAGUGA